AUGUCUUUCUGGAGAUGUCCCCGAGCUCUUCAUUUGCAGUCGCAUAUCAGGAAGCUGCCUCAAACCCCGGUUCCGACGAUGCAGAACCCAAUCAUGUCCUCGGCAGAGAAAGCUAACGAAAGGGACCGCGGAGGUGCAGCCGAUCCUGGCGACCAUAUCGUCGGCGCCCCUGAGUGUGGCCGUGGACUGCGGCCAACAGGUGGAUAUGGGUCCGUCGGGACCGACAUUUCUUCUCACGGGGCGUACCCGCCCAACGUGUUUGAGGACGGCUCGGAUGAGACGGAACUGGAGUACCCUCUGCCUCACUCUUUGAAUGAAUGCAAGGAGGGGAACGGUUCGGAUUUGUCGGAUCACGAUGGUGCGUCGCCUUGGCCAGCGGCAGAAGCCCUCCAUCGACUGGUCGAGGCGACGGCAGAUUUCUCGACACCCCAUCAGGGCGUGGGUCAAGCCGGCAAUGGCGACGACGUUCCCGAUCAGCGCCUGGAAUCAAUGGAUACCAAAUCAAAACUCGAAGUCGUUCUUCCCAGCUUGGAGGACUGGUAUGACGAGGGCGAGUUCCUAGACCUUCAAAGUGCCCCCAUCAAGUCACCAUCCGCAGACUCUGUGCACGAAUUUACCAUCUCCGAGCGUCGAGGUGACACUUUUGGUUCUGUUCCAAACGAGGCUGCGGCUGUGGCUGCGGCUGUUGGUGGCACUGCCAAUGUGCUCUCAGCCGUCAACAAUAAUGACGAUGGGGUCAACGUCAUGGCGCCCGUCGUUCAACCGACCGAACAGGAACCGUCGGUGGUCAACAUCAAGAUUCAGGUAGAAGACGGACGCACGACGGAUGUGGUCUUGGGCGAGACGACGACGGUCGACGGCAGACGCUUUUUGGAAGUAACAAUCCAGUACCCAGCAGCAAAGAGGCGACGGGUGACAGAGGACGAUGGCGGGCGGGGUGACACAAGGCGAAGGCGCCAAGAUGGACCAAUUUCCGGCUUGCUUUGA